UAAAACACUAGCGGGAGGUCAGUGGUCACUCGUUAAAAAAACAGAAAAACAGUAACAAUCUACGUUAAAACUCAAGUUAAAAUCAAUUAAAUAGUCAGCUGAAAAAAAAACGAAAGAAAGCGCCUCACACAUUCACCUGCCUUGACAAAUAUUUACUGCGGAAAUACAGAUUAAAAACUAAAAACGUUUUUCAAAAUGGAAAACAGUGGGGAAAGUGGCGACGACGGAGGUCCUUUAGGUACAACAACUUUCCUUGGCAGUGGAGUUUCUGGAAAUUACAUCGGAGGUGAUAUAGAAGAUGAUCCAGAGAACACGGAUGAUUCGAAUCAUGGUGGAGAUCCGCUCCAGGGUGGCGGAGGUGGAGGCGCAGCAGGUCCUCUCCGCGAACAGGAUCGCUUCCUCCCGAUCGCAAAUGUAGCGAAAAUCAUGAAGAGGGCGAUCCCCGAGUCCGGUAAAAUAGCCAAGGACGCACGUGAGUGCGUGCAGGAGUGCGUCUCCGAAUUUAUCUCGUUUAUCACCUCGGAGGCGAGCGACCGGUGUCACAUGGAGAAACGGAAAACGAUCAACGGCGAGGACAUCCUCUUCGCGAUGACGACCCUCGGCUUUGACAAUUACGUCGAGCCGCUGAAACUCUAUCUGCAAAAAUAUCGCGAGGCGACAAAAGGCGACAAUCCGCUAGGUGGCACCUCAGGCAAUGGCGAGCGUAAAAGCGAAUCCGCCCAUUCCACCAUCUACGAGGAGCAACUAUUUGCGAUUCAAACUGGCACAGAUGCGACGACUUCGGACACGCCUGUUCUCUACAGUUAUUCGACCGCUGACCAGAUGCAAUUUCAAUUGUCCUGAUUGUCGAACUUUGCGACACCUUUAUCGUCCUUUAGCCGAGACACGAGUGUCGAAUUUUGUUCGGAAGAGUGACUUUCUUCGUGUCUGUGAAAGAGAGAAAGAAGAAAAAAAUGUAAAGCAUCUUUUCUGGAUGAACAAAUGGGAGUAUUGUAAAGUUAAGAUAGCUUUUUUUUUUUAACGUGAGAUUUGAAUGAUUUGAGUCUAAUUGGAAGACUGAAGAGAGCCCUGCAGAGUGGCAAGGGUUACCAAAAGUAAUUUUGACUUGGGAAAAGAAAAAGAAAAAAAGUCA